AUACUGAAGUUGUUUCUAGACAUUUCCGGGUGUGUGUUUCCAGUUGUGGGCCUCAAUACAAAAAGUUGGCGUUUAUUGUUUUUUACAGAAGAAAUACAAGUUUUUGAACUACAUUUGGUGUGUUUGUCAGUGUUUAGAGGCAAAAUGAAUCGCAUUUUUGGUCGAGGUAAAGCAAAAGGACCCCCACCAAACCUUACGGACUGUAUAGGAAAUGUUGACUCAAGGGCAGAGUCUAUUGAUAAGAAGAUUGCCAGGUUGGAUGCAGAGUUGGUCAAAUACAAGGAUCAAAUGAAAAAGAUGAGAGAAGGACCUUCAAAGAACAUGGUUAAGCAGAAGGCCAUGAGGGUACUGAAGCAGAAGAGGGCGUAUGAGGGCCAGAGAGACAACCUCACCCAGCAGUCUUUCAACAUGGAACAGGCAAACUACACAAUCCAGACACUGAAAGACACGAAAACAACAGUGGAUGCCAUGAAAAUCGGAGCCAAGGAAAUGAAAAAGGCUUACAAAAAUGUGAAAAUUGACCAGAUUGAGGACCUGCAGGAUCAGCUGGAGGACAUGAUGGAGGACGCCAAUGAGGUCCAAGAGGCCAUGAGCCGCAGCUACGGAACACCAGAUAUCGACGAGGACGACCUGGAAGCUGAGCUGGAUGCCCUGGGAGAUGAGCUGCUCCUAGACGAUGACAGCUCAUACUUGGAUGAAGCUUCUUCUGCACCUGCCAUUCCAGAGGGACUUCCCAGCGACAGCAGGACAAAUAAGGAUGGUGUUCUUGUGGAUGAGUUUGGCCUGCCACAGAUUCCUGCUACAUAGGAAGCAAAAGAGGGGAAAAAAGCAGUACUCUAAAAACACAUUUUUAAAAUGUAAAAUAGCAUUUAUAUAUUGGUUGGAAUUGUGCCUGUAAACACAGCCAUAUUGGCCAAUCUGAUGUAUUGCGGCGAUAUAUCAAAGUGGUCUUGGUCUAUUUUAUUGUUACGACAUGCUAGUGGUUUUGUAACCUUCUCUUUGAUUGUUAAGCUUGUUCAUUUAAAAAAUAAUUAAGUGCAAUGAAAUCAAAACUUUCAAGUUCUUGUGAUAAUUUACUGAUAAUGGUUGAUUUCAUUAUGUGAGGUGUAUAUCCGUUUUGAAAUCAAUCUUUAUCACUUAUACAUUUUUAAUUUAUUUUAUGGGUAUGAUCUGAUACAAUUCUUUUUUUCCCCAAAACAAUCAAACUGUGGUUAUCUAGUUUAGGUACAGACCCUAAGCACUUUUAAUUCAAGUUACUUUCACCAGUGUAGAGACUCUUUAGUAAUUGUAGGAAAGAUUAAAUGCCUGACAGUUGUGAAUACAUGUAUAAGUUUAUUUAAAACAGCAGCCAUAGCAUUUUGAACUGUACCAAACACCCUGACAAGGCAGCACCUCUAGUAAACAAAAUGGCCUUACAUACAUGACUCAUUACAUUUUCAAAUUGUAGGCUUUUCAUCAUGUAAUGCUCUAUCAGGUCCAUGUGUACUGUACAGUUCAUUAAACAAAUAUAAGCCAUUGCAAGUCAA